AGUUUAUGUGUGUAUACACUUACACAAUUUAUCGUACAUGAUUGAAACAAUAGAACAAAAGUAAUUAACACAAAAUUUUCUGGAGUGGGAUAUUGUCAUUUGUAAGUAAAAAUCCUAGAGUCGAGAUCGAGCUUACACAAAAAGACUGAUGAUUUUAUAAAAUAAAAACAAAAAAAAGUUAAUCAUUAUAAAGCAAAGACUCAACUCUUUCUAACCUAUGAAAAUUUAAUCAAAGAAGUUAAAUCGAGAUACUAAAUUUUACCAUGGAACUUGAUGGCUCAGAUGAAACAGCUCUUGUUAAUGAUAAUCUUUGUGUAAAUUUAGAAGCUGCGAUUAGUGAUUUAGAUGAAAAACGUGUACGGGAAUUACUUGAUUUAUUGAAACAAAGGGAUGAUGCAAAUGGAUCAUGUACUUUAGAAGGAGAAGUUGGAUAUACUAUGCUUCGAAAUGCUAUUCAGAAGAAUAGAAAUAUCGCGAAGUUAUUAAUCGAACAUGGUGUUGAUGUAAACAGGCCAUCAAACCAAGCAUGUAAUUCCCCACUUCAUAUAGCCAUAAAAAAUGUAGAUUUUGUGCUAGUGGAAAUGUUAUUGAACCGAGGUGCUAGAACAAGAGCUAAAAACUCUCAAGGAAAAACACCUCUUUAUCUCGCAGUUGAAUGUAAUUGUGAGAAAAUAAUAGAAACAUUAUUAGAGAAAGAUAAUGAGCCAAAUUUAAAUACAAAAAAUAAAUUAUUUCCCAUUGACGCUGCUGCUAAAAACGGAAAUGAAAGAAUUUUUAAUUUACUGGUUAGUAAAGGCGCUAAAUCAAACACAAAAUAUUGUGAUGGUACAGUAAUGCUAGAUGUAGCAGUCGAAAAAGGAUAUUCGUUAUCUGUCAGUCAGAUUCUCAAAUAUACAAAUUCUGAGAUCAACAAAAAUUCAAAAAAUAAUAAAUUGAUAACCGUCGCUGUUUUGGGUAAUGAACCCGGGCAUCAGGCGAUCGCUAAAACUCUGUUCAAUGCCAAAUUUCCUUUGGACCCUGAAAGUAUUCAUAAUGUUGAGUUUGUUCACAAAGUUGUUGAAACAGGACACACUGAUAUCCUUGAUGACUUAUUAAAGCUUGGUGCUGAUCCAAAUACUGUCAGUUUAUCAGGCAAUGCACUUUUAAUAACAGCUUGUAAAUCCCAAAGAGCUGAAAUUGUUAAAUUAUUGAUAAAAAAUAAUGCCGAUGUACGUGUAAAAGAUAUAUACGGACGUUCAGUAUUAUAUUACGCUAUUGAUAAUCUGCAUAGCAGCAAUCACAAAUGGCGUUUUUACAAUAGUGUUAGUGAUGAUUCUGAUUGUGAAGAUGAAAAAUUUGCAGACGAUAAAGUAAAGUGUUUUUCCGAUGAUUGGUUCGAAAUCACUAAAAUGCUGAUUGAUAAAGGUAUUGACGUAAAUGAAAAGGACGAAACACAUUUAACACCUUUAUACUAUGUAGCAAAGAAUAAUUAUACACAUAGAUAUUAUCAUUAUAUUAAAGAACUUACCAUUUUGUUGUUAAAAUCAGGAGCUGACAUUAAAUGUCGUGAUAAAAACGGCAAUACCCCGCUCCAGUAUGCAAUUUUGCAAGGAUGUUUAGAGAUGGUUAAAUUACUUUUGCAACAGGAUUCAGCAAGUGAUGAUACUAAGACGUUCAAUAACAAGAGACAGACACUUCUUCAUUCUGCAGCUUCAAUUAAGUCAAGGAGCAUCAUUAAAUUGCUUUUAAAACGCAAGUAUUUUGAAAAUGUUGAUUUUCAAGAUAUCGAUGGUAAAACUCCUCUCCAUUUGGCUGUUCAAAACUUACGACUGAAAACAGUGAAACUUCUUUUGAAACACAAUGCGAAUGCUAAUGUAGUUGAUAAAAAAAUGUGGACUCCACUGCUUUGUGCUAUCCACAUUCCUUAUCAAUUAGCGAUGGUUGAAACAUUGUUGGAACAUAAAGCAGAUGCUAAUUGUAUCAAUAAAGACGGAUUAACGCCAUUAUUUAUUGCCGCUUCCCAUACCUGUGAUGAGUAUAUUCAGAUGCUUUUAAAAUAUGGAGCUGACUUAAAUUUGAAAAUCGGCGAUUCUGGAAAAACAGCUCUACAUUGUUUAGCCGAGUGUGAAAAUAAAUGUGUUGAUAAAAUAAUAAAAUAUGGCGCGGAUAUUAAUAUCUUGAGCAACGAUGAAAAAACAGCUUUAGAUUAUUUAAUGGAGUCUAUGGUAUCAUAUUGUAAAAAGAAUAACGUGGAGUUAAACCCAUUGAGGUCAUUCAUACAUGUUGAAUACUACACUAAUAAGUAUCGCGAUAACGCACAGAAUUUAAUCGAGCAUAUAUUAAAAUUGAAAACUAUUAAUUCAUAUGUUUGUGAAAAAAAUUUACUUUCAGUCUAUAAAUAUGAGCUUGAUUACGGCUGGAUAAAUGAUCGUGAGAUGACUUACAAAGCAGCCAAAAAAUCAAAGAUUGAUGAGUUUCAAAAAAAAUGCGAACAAGAAAUCGAACUGAUGAAGCAACAUACGAUUAAUAAUACUAAGAUUAAUAUUUAUCAAAUUUUAACUAAAUGCACUCAUCGUUUAGCUAAAUAUAUUUUAAACGAGAAUGUAAAUCAGCAAUUAAGAGAAUUUAAUCAUGCUGAAAAAUUUCCUAUCUACUGCGACUUGAUAAAGUUACGUAUUGAAAAAUGCUCGGAAAGAAAAAAAAUAUUGCAUCAAGAUACUGACUAUUCAUUCCAAAGAGUUUUUCCAUCUUUACCUUACGAUUGUAUCGACAAAAUUCUGGGCUAUCUGGACAAUAAGGACUUACAAGUUCUAAUAACUGUUUGUCAAUUGAGUACAGACUCCCACGUAUCAGUAUCUGAUACUAAUAAUUCGAAUGUUUCAAACCCGAACAAUACUUCAAAGAGACAAAAAAUUAUCACCAUGUUAGGUUAUUAUACAAAGUUUAGUAAUCCUAUAAAUGAUGGGACAUAUUUCAUGCUUCGAGAUGCUGUGCAACGUAAAAACAGUGAGUUGGCAAAAUCACUUUUGAACAAUGGUGCUCAGGUAAAUAGUCCUCACAGCAGAUCAUGUAACACAGUACUUCAUUUUGCUACGAUGAAUCGUAAUGAAGAAUUGGUGCAAAUGUUGCUAGACGCAGGAGCUUAUGUUAACAUACCAAACACACACGGUAAAACUCCACUACAUUUAGCAGUUGAAGGCGGCUCUGAGCGAAUAGUUGAAUUACUUGUCAACAAAGGAGCCAACGUAAAUACCGUUGCUAAAGAUAAUUCAAGGCCAAUCGAAAAAGCUAUUGCGGCUUGGAGAAGUAAUAUUUUUAAAUUACUUGUAUGUCACGGUGCUAAUGUUAACAUUACUCUCAGUAAUGGUGAAACACUACUCCAUAGAGCAGUUAAUAGCAAUAAUCCAUCUACUGUCAAGUGUAUUCUUGAAAAAUCUUCAAUUAAUAAAAAUAUGAACAAACACUGUCUUACAACAGCAGUACUCAAUGGAAAUGAAAAAAUUGAACAACUCUUGAUUAAACAUGGUUUCGAAGUUGAACCUCAAUGUGUUAAGAAUUCGAAAUUUUUCCACGCUAUCGUUGCAAGGGGAUAUACCAAAUGCGUAAAUGAUCUUUUGAAAAUGGGUGCUGAUGUUAAUGCACUUCGUCAAGAAACAACUAAAUAUUCACUUCUUCAUACUGCUUGUAUAAAUCGAAAAUUACAAAUAACUAAAUUAUUAAUACAGCAUGAUAUUGAUUUAAAUCUGAAAGAUAGUAAAGAAAAAACGGCAAUAUUUUAUGCCGUAAAAAAUGGCGAUUUUAAUAUUGUAAAAUUGUUGGUAGCUAACAGAGCUCGCGUCGGAAAUGACCCUGAUUUACUUAACAUUGCUGCUCAUAAUCAAUGCAUUGGUAUUGUUCAGAUUUUACUCGAACACGGUGUUAAUAUUAAUGCAUCUGAUCGUUUUGGAAAUACGGCUUUACAUUCGGCAUUAAGUGAACGGUUAUUACAAUUAGAUAGCAAUGUAACUUGUAUACUCUCUUCUAAAGACGUUAAGACGUCAUUAGUUAGAGUACUAUUGAAGAAAGGUGCUGAUGUAAAUAUUCGAAUGAAGGAUGGUCGAACACCGCUUCAUUUAGCUGUUCGGACUAAUAAAGAAGAAAUCGUAAAUACUCUUCUGGAACACAAUUCACAAGUAAAUGUAUCAGAUGUUAAAGGAAUUACACCAUUACAUUUAGCUGUACAAGCAAAAAAUUUAAUUAUUGUUGAUAGUCUUCUCAGUAAAAAGGCAGAUAUUAAAGCUACGGAUAUAAAAAGUAUGACGGCGUUACAUUUUGCCUCUGAAGUAGGAUAUCUAGAUAUUAUUAAAAGUCUCUUGAGAUAUCAACCUGAUGUCAAUGCCGUAGAUCAAUUUUGCUUGACACCAUUGCAUUGUGCGGCUAAAUAUGGACACUUAAAAGCUGUUAAAAUUUUACUUGAGCACCAUGCUAAUGAAGAUGCCGUUGACAUAAGUGGUUCGACGAGUCUUCAUUUAGCUGUUGAAGCAAGGCAUCAUAAGAUUGUUGAGCACUUACUUAAAUUUGAUCCUGACAUGAAUUCACCAGAUGAUAAUGGUGAAACUUAUCUUCAUAUUGCGGUGAAAAAUAAAGACAUUGAUACUACCAGAUUACUUUUGAACUAUUCCAUAGACGUUGAUUCUGUCAAUAAAGAUGGAUUAACUCCACUAUUAAUAGCUGCGCUCUAUAAUUACUCAAUAUUAAUUAAACUGUUGAUAGAGAACGGAGCUGAUAUUCAUUUUACCGAUCCACUAGGUAGGAGUGCUCUUCUCAUUGCUGCUGAAAAUAAUAACCUAGAAAUUGCUUCAAGUCUAUUAAAAAAACAUGCUGAUGUUAACUGUAAAGACAAAAAUGGAUUGACACCACUACUAAUAGCAGUUUGUUCAAAUCAUGAAAAUCUCACUGGUCUUUUCCUCGAGCACAAUGCAGAUGUUAAUUGUCCUGAUCAAAACGAUAAGCUAGCAAUUCACAUUGCUAUGGAGAACAGAAAUGAAAGUAUAGUUUUAAAAUUAUUAACUCAUGGCGCCGAUGUUAAUUCUGUUGAUGAUCAAGGCUCGACUGCUCUUCUCACAGCUAUUUCACAAGCAUCAUCUCAACAAUUUAUUGAAAAAUUACUCAUGCUUGGUGCAGAUGUUAAUCAUAGAAAUAACGAAGGAGAGACAGCACUUCACAUUGCUGCAAAAAUGAAACGAUCUAACAUUAUUGCAAUGUUAUUAAGAUAUGGCACAGACAUAAAUAUUAAAUGUCACAGAAAUAAAACCGCUUUAUUUCAUACAUAUGAGUACACCUAUUCAGACAACCGUCCAUCAUCUUCGGACGAUGAAGGUUGUGGGUAUUCUGAUUGUGAAUGUUGGGAUGGUGGUUAUUGCGAUAGGUGGAAUCGAAGAAGUUGGUAUGACGAAGACGAAGAUUAUCAAUACGAAAACUUUUCUUGCCAUGUCGAUGAAUGUUCUUCAGUUGUUGCAGUUUUCAAGCAACAUAUUUUAAAGCUACAAGCUGCUAAAUUCGAUGUAGAUGACAGUAAUAUUCAUGCUCUUAGAUUCUUCAAGAAAAUGGAAAGUAACAGGGACAACGGUGAAAAUUACGACAUAGACUCUGAUGAAUACAAUGAAAGUGAUUCUGAUAUGGAUUCGGAUUCGGAUAGCGAAGCCGACAUUCAAAGUUUUGACAGUAAAGAAAUUAUGGAAUUAGAGUCUAUGAGAAAUGAAAAAAUUGGCAACAGCAACAUAUCAUUCUAUGAGUUUUUGACAAGUAGUGUGCAUCGGUUAGCUAGAUAUGUCAAGAAUGAAAAUAUCGUCGAAAUUAUAAAUUUGAAUGAUUAUGAUUUGAUAUUUCCUAUUUACUCUGACAUCAUCAAGAGUCGCUAUCACAUGGGCAUAGAGAGGAACAAAUUAUUAACACAAUGUGAAUUUCUUGGUGAUAUUUUUGUAGACUUACCUGAUACUUGCAUUGAUGAAAUUAUAAGUUAUCUUAACAAUCAAGAGCUUAGAUUCUUAACGAAUGCGUACAAAGAUCAAAAUUUUUCGAACAAACGAAAAAUUCAUCUCGUUUCAUAAAAUUAAUUGUUCCAAUUAUUGUAAACGAGAUCAAAAGCUCACUUAUUUUUUUUUUGUUUUUUUUUUUUUAAUUUAUUUUUUUUUUAUUCUUAAAAUAUUUAAAUAACUUAAUGGAAAUAAUUUCUAAUUAGUUUAACUAUGAAUAAUCAAUAUUUAAAAAAUAUGUUAGAAAUUUCAAUUGCUUGUUAUCAAUACGAUUAACCGCAGUUGAUUUGCGUGUAAUUAUUUUAAUUCUAUAAAGUUGAUUAUGAACCAUUAUAAAGUUUAUUUUGAAAAUAUAAUCAUUUAUUUUAAGUGAAAUACUUGUAUUCAAAAAUUUAAAUGAAAGUUUUUAUGGUUUUAAUAAUAAUUAUUGAGUAUAUAUUUCAAUAAUAUAAAUACUUCGUUUCAAAUGAACAUUUUUCUUUACUGCUCAAUA